AUGAAAAAGAAGGUCGUGAACAAUUCAGAGGUUGAAAAAUCGACGAAAAAGACGCAGCAAAAGGUGAAAAAUGAGCGAAAAGGCGGCACCAUAAACCUCUCCAUGUCCGUGCAAGAACGUCAGCAAUUGUGGCGCAAUGGUGCGGCCAAAAAGCCUCAGGAUGAGGCUGCACAGCGGGCCAAGCAGCAGGAACGAGAACGUCAGGAGACAGGCUUCGACCGCGUCUUUCAGGAGGUUUUCGGCAAGGAUCAAGAGGAGCAGAAAGGAGGAGACGAAGAAGAACUGGGUGGUAUCCUAGACGCCGCUAGCUCUUCGUCGCUUAGUCUCGCUAUUACGACGCCAAUUGAAGACGAGAAACCUAUGAAAGAGACUAAAGCAACCGGGAAACGGAGAGCUCCAGACGAAAACGAAGAAGAAAUGUGGGGCUUUGCUUCAACGGGGAACAGUGCGUUGAGUCUCGAUGACUUUGACGCCCCGAAAGAAAGUAGUGACAUGGAUUCUGGCAACUUUAAGGCUAAAACGACCGCAGAGUUUGAGCGGUGGAAAGCGGAAGACGCUCAGAGUGCCGUUAGUGACAACUUUGUGCGCCUGAAUAUGCGGAAGCGAUUGAAAGGCAGCUCUGGACGUGCGAAGAAGCGCCCAGCUUAUCUGCGAGCACGGAAUGAGAACCCUCUUGAUGAAGCUACGGGUGAGAACUCGACAGGAAUCGCGCCAGUUGUCAACGCCAAUGGCAGUCAACAACACAAGCAGGACAAGUCACUGUUGGCUGAUGAUGGAGUAGACUUCAUUGAGGAAUGUCUGGAAGCUUUGGCCAAGGCUGAGAAAGCGCAUGAGCUUGCUGAAAAGAAGGAGUCAAUGACUUCCAAGCAAUCAGAGCCAUUGGAACCCCCGAGAUGUCAUCAUGCGCUGGUCUGCCAGAGCUUAGAAGUCAAGAAGAAGAACAAGAAUCACGGCCGCAAAUUCUUUGCGUGUCCGUUGAGUUUUGAUGAGGGACGCUGCGAUUUUUUCCUCUGGGAAGACGACCACGUCCCGUUUGCACUGCAGACUCUCUUCACGGUCUCUUCCACGACCAGUAUCAGUGCAUCAGCAGCUGAAGCAGAAGCUGUUGAGUGCGUGCCUCUCGAUAUCGAGGCUUCCGAAGAAGAGCAGAGACACGCUAUGCUCACGAACUUACGUUUGGUGUUCGGCCACGCCGAGUUCCGUCCUGUUCCCGGCACUCUUCCUUCCUGGUAUUACACUCGUGAUCUCCCCAUUGAUCGCGCUGAUGAAUGA